AUGGCUUUCAACAUCAAUAAUGCUUUCAUCGAGACAACAACGACUAUCGUCAAAUCAAUUCGAUCAGAAGAAGAGAACAAUCAGAGAAAUGGACGAAAAAGGAAGUUGAAUCAGACUGACUCGGAAUUAUUUGAAAAACUGAUGACUCCUCGCCGCAACGCGAAGAAAAUGAAGCCACGAGAUCUGUUUGAUAGUGGCAGAAUUAUGUUUGAAUGUGGUAUCCCGUGUAAAGUGGCAACGACUCCUUUCCGAAGGAGAUCAAUAAAUCCUAGAGCGAUUUUUGACGGCACCGUAAUUGAGACAAGCUUGUUGAAACAAGAACGUGAUGAGAUCAGUAUUAUGAUCAACGACUAUAAAUACUAUACUAACCCAUCAGCGGAAAUAUUCCCAAAGAUCCGACUUCAGAAAAAAAUAAGUAAUGGUCAAUUUUGCGAAGUAUUUAUCGCACAAUGGAAUGUCAACGACAAGAAAAUUGCGGUGAAGCGAGCGAAAAAUAAUUCGGAAGAAGCGCGGGAAAGAAUUGCAAACGAGUGUGAGUGGAUGACGAUAUUUCAACACAGGAACCUAACCAAAUUGAUUGGAACGUUAUUCGACAAAAAUCCAAGCGUUCUAGUGUACGACAUUGCGGAUACGUUGUUGGAUCGAUUGAGAGACACCGAAUUCUCACUGGACGAAAAAGGAAGAAUUGCUAUUGGGAUCGCUUCCGGUAUGAAGUAUUUGCACGAAAGAAGAAUCAUUCACAGAAAACUCUCUUCGACAACUUGCUUCUUAGAAAGAAGCGGAAACGCAACAAUUGGUGAUUUCGAAUCGGCGUUGUACUUACCGGAUGGUUUGAUGUACCAAGCAGGACCAGAAGAAGAUAUUGAUCAGUUUUGGAGUGCUCCAGAAACAGUCGCUAAUCGAAUGUUUCAUUUAAAAACUGACGUUUGGUGUUUCGGAUUAAUAUUGUGGCAAUUAGCUGCAAACGGACAAGAUCUUUACCAAGGACAACACGAAUUCGAGAUUUCGGAGCUACUGGCAGACAAUUAUCGAAUGGAUAUUCCAAAUGAUUGUUCGCUGGAACUCUACGGGACUAUGCUAAUGUGCUGGAACAGUGAUCAUCAUCGCAGACCAGAAUUCAAACAGCUGAUCACUUCUAUUAAGCGAACUUUUAAUAUUUAUAAUAACUUUUAA